AUGCGAUGGUCAAAUCUUCUCCAGCCUAGCACUCAGGCUAGCAAGGGCGAGGAUAAUCCAACUAACAAAUUACCGUCUGACACUGAUGAGAGAGCCAAAAGUUGUGAACCCUCUCCCCCUGCAUCGACUACCCCAUCCGACACCGAUGAGAAAGCCACAAGUCAUGAAACCCCUCCUCCCACACCAACCCAUUCACUAGACCCCUACCGGCGCUUUUCCAUCACACUCCCUUUCCCACCCUUCUCUCCAAACACCAAACCCAAAUCCUCCCCCGAUUGCCUCACAGACGAAGCUCUCCUCGUCCUAACAUCCCAACCACUCAUCCACGGCGGAACCUGGAGCUCUCCUCGCAAGCCCAAAUGCAAAAAACGAGCCAAAGAAAAAGUAUACACAGGCACAGGGGAGACACCGCGACAAAAAUCCCCGAGCGAACUAGCUCGUGAGAAACAAUGGAUUAGCAAGCGAAAAACGGCCCGGGGGGAUCAGAGACGGGAAAUAGAAGAUACGACUAUGAAUCAGGUGAGGGGUAGAGAUCGAUGGACCAAGCCUGAGCCGGAAGAUGGGUUGGAUGUUGCGAAUUGGUGUAGAGGGGUUUGGCAUUGA